AUGCUUUCUAGGUCAUGGAGUAUAACCGCAGUUGCGCUUGUUACCAUCGUUUUCUUACUUGAUUUUGGUGUUGCAGAAUUACCUCCAAACUAUACCUUCAUGCAUGAAGCAACAGAAGCUCCUAGGGUUUCAUUCUACGACUACAUCGUUAUCGGAGGAGGUACAACCGGAAUCCCAUUGGCCGCCACCCUAUCGGCUAACGCCUCCGUUCUAUUACUUGAACGUGGUGGCUCACCUUAUGGAAAUCCCAGUAUCACCAAUGUAGCCAACUUUGGUACCUAUUUCUUUGAUACAUCAUCGAGCUCUCCCUCUCAACAGUUUAUUACGGAGGGUGUUGUGAAUGCACGCUCUCGUAUCUUGGGUGGUGGUACUUCGAUAAAUGCGGGAUUCUACUCUCGUGGUGAAGAACAAUUUAAUAUCGAGGCUAGAUUAACCGAUGAAACUUUGAUCGAAGAUUCUUACCAAUGGAUAGAAAAAGUAAUGGUUUUUGAGCCAUUUCUAGGCGGGUGGCAGACUGCACUCCGAGCAGCAUUGGUGGAAGUCGGGGUCACACCGGACAACGGUUAUAGCUAUGAUCAUGUUAUUGGUACUAAAACUGGUGGUAGUAUCUUUGAUGCAAAUGGAACGAGGCAUACGGCUGCAGAUUUGUUGCAGUAUGCAAACCCAGAGGGGGUGUCUGUUCUUCUACACGCAGUUGUUCACAAAAUCUUAUUUAAGACCAAAGCGGGAGGAACAACGCCAUUGGCUUAUGGAGUUGCGUUUGAAGAUUCGUUUGGGAAUAUGCACAAGGCAUUCCUAAAAGGUGGAGAGAACGAUGAAAUCAUAGUGUCUGCUGGAGCUCUCGGUAGCCCACAAAUUUUGAUAUUGAGUGGUAUAGGUCCAAAAGAGCAACUCGAUGGCCAAAAUAUCAAGAGUGUGCUUCAGCAACCUUUAGUUGGCAAAAAUAUGUCAGAUAACCCGCGAAACGGAAUUUUCAUCCCUUCUCCCAUUGCCGUUGAGCAAUCGAUAGUCCAAGUUGUUGGUAUUACCGAGUUCGGUAGCUACAUUGAAGAAUCUGGUGGCAUUAAUCUUGUCUUUGCAAAUAUUGAAGACUAUCAGGGGUAUGACUAUCAGUUGGGCGGAUUCGUACUUGAGAAAAUUAACGGCCCGAUAUCUACGGGUGAACUAAAGAUUGAAAACCGUAAUCCAUUCGACAACCCAUCUGUAACAUUCAACUACUUCAAAGAACCCGAAGACUUGCAGAAAUGUGUUAAAGGACUUGAAACCAUUCUAGCAGUUAUUGAAACAGAAGCAUUCUCGAACUAUACGUAUGCCAAUAUGACUGCCCAAGAGAUUCUUGAUCUUAACAUGAAACUACCAUAUAACCAGAUUGUUCAUGCUAAUACAAGUUCCUCUUUGGAAGAAUAUUGCAAGGCGACUGUAGGGACUAUGUGGCACUAUCAUGGUGGGUGUCAAAUCGGGCAAGUCGUUGAUGAUGAAUAUAAGGUUAUUGGUGUCGAUGGUCUUCGAGUCCUGGAUGCAUCGACUUUACUCAACUGUCCAGGAACUAAUCCACAAGCAAGCCUCAUGAUGCUCGGAAGGUACAUGGGAGUUAAGAUGCUUGCACAAAGGCUCGCGGUCACGAAGUCGUAUGCGGAUAUUUGAUCGAUGCCAUCGUAUUUGUUUAAUUUUCCCUAAGAA